AUGGCAAAUGGAUGUAAUGGCAGAGACGUUUCUCAUUCUUCAAGUUGUACGCCCCACAAUCCCAUUUUGCCGCACCCCAUCACGCUCAAGUUCGAAGACGUGGUAUACAGUGUGAAUUUGACUCGAAUCAAAACCACUGGCUUCGGUUCAAAAGGCGCGGCGGCGACAACGCGCACCAUACUCAAUGGCGCGACCGGAAUCGUCCGGCCCGGCGAGCUUCUGGCGAUGCUUGGCCCUUCAGGCAGCGGCAAGACCACUCUCCUCACCGCCCUCGCCGGCCGUUUGCCGGGAAAUGUCUCCGGUUCCAUAACCUACAAUGGAGUCCCCUUCUCCACCUUCAUCAAACGCAAAAUUGGAUUCGUCCCCCAAGACGACUUGUUUUACCCUCACUUGACCGUUCUCGAAACCCUAACUUACGCAGCCAGAUUACGGCUUCCCAAAUCGCUGACGACUCGAGAGAAAAUCGAACAAGUCGAGAUGAUCGUGAACGAGCUUGGUUUGUCGAGAUGCCGGAAUGUCUCCAUCGGCGGUCCUCUGAUGCGGGGAAUCUCCGGUGGGGAACGGAAGCGCGUCAGUAUUGGUCACGAGAUGAUAAUGAAGCCGAGUAUUCUGCUGCUUGACGAGCCGACUUCGGGGCUUGACUCGACCACGGCGGAGCGCAUCGCGGCGACGCUGCGGCGGCUGGCCGGAGGUGGUCGGACGGUGGUGACGACGAUCCAUCAGCCGUCGAGCCGAUUGUUCGCGAUGUUUGAUAAAGUGGUGGUGAUAUCGGAGGGCUGGCCGAUUUACAGUGGGGAUGCGGGUCGGGUCAUGGAGUACUUCGGGUCCAUUGGAUAUGCUCUUGCUCCUCCCGGGAUCAACUUUGUGAAUCCUGCUGAUUCUCUACUUGAUCUUGCUAAUGGCAUUGCACCUGAGGCAAAACAAGAUGAUUACCAACACGAGUUGCCUGAGGAUCAUCAAACAGCAAUCAAGCAGUCUCUCGUAUCGUCUUACAGAACCAAUUUAUACCCUUCAUUGAAGGCUGAGAUUCAGACAGAACCCCAAUCACAUUCACCUUCAUUCAUGAGUGCAGGCAGCGAAGAUCAAUGGAGCUGUAGUUGGUGGGAGCAAUUUGUGUUGUUACUAAGAAGAGGACUACAGGAGAGGAAGCAUGAAUCCUACUCUGGUUUAAAGAUUUUCCAGACCACGUCAAUCUCAGUCCUUUCAGGUAUGCUAUGGUGGCGAUCAAACAUCUCAAACAUUCAAGAUCAGGUUGCACUCGUCUUCUUCUUGUCUGUCUUCUCAAGCCUUUUCCCUUUAUACGCCGCCGUAUUCUCAUUCCCAAAUGAGAAACCGAUUCUCAAGAAAGAGCGUUCCUCCGGCAUGUACCAUCUCUCUUCCUACUUCAUGGCUCGAACAGUCAGCGACAUGCCAAUGGAGCUGCUGCUACCGGCCAUAUUCGUCACUGUACCCUACUGGAUGAGUGGCCUGAAAUCUUCAGCGCCCACAUUUAUACUAACCCUCUUCAUCGUUCUUCUCAACGUUCUCGCCACUCAAGGGCUAGGCCUCGCACUUGGGGCCGUUCUGAUGGAUACGAAACAGGCUACGAGCCUUGCUUCUGUGGUAACGGUGGCAUUUUUAAUGAUGGCAGGAUACUACAUUGGUAAUAUCCCAGGUUUCAUAGCUUGGUUGAGAUAUAUUUCCUACAACUACCAUACUUUUAAGCUUCUUCUGGGAGUUCAGUACACAGAAAAUGAGACUUACGACUGCGGGGAUGGGCUGCACUGUAAAGUUAUGGAUUUUCCUACUGUAAGGCUUGUGGGUGUUGAUAGGAAGUGGUUGAACGUGGCUGUUUUGAUACUAAUGUUGGUUGGCUUUAGGGUCAUUGCUUAUGUUGCUCUAAGGAUAAGGGUGGGGUAGCCUCAACUUGCUUUGCUCUAACAAUUACUACCACGAACUUUUAUAGUGGCCCAUGUUCUAUUCCGCCAUGAUAAUUUCCAUACUUCCAUUUGGAACAAUAAUCAAAUUAAGAAAUAAAUUCAGUUUCUUUUGCUUGUA